AUGGCCGAGGCAACCCUUCACAACGCCCCCAUUGUCAUCGACAAUGGCAGCGGCACAAUCCGCGCCGGUUUCGCCGGAGAAGAGAUCCCAUCAUGUUUCUUCCCCUCGUUCGUCGGGCGGCCAAAACACCCCCGAGUGAUGGCCGGCGGUCUAGAGGGCGACGUGUUUAUCGGGCAACGAGCACAGGAAUUGCGCGGGCUGCUCAAGAUCCGAUACCCACUGGAACACGGCAUCGUGACGGACUGGGACGACAUGGAGAAAAUCUGGCACUACGUGUACGAGAACGAGCUGAAGACGCUACCGGAGGAACACCCCGUGCUCCUGACGGAGCCGCCGCUCAACCCGCGCAAGAACCGCGAUGUCGCCGCCCAGAUCAUGUUCGAGACGUUCAAUGUGCCGGCGCUGUAUACGUCUAUCCAGGCGGUGCUGUCGCUGUACGCGUCCGGGCGCACGACGGGCGUGGUGCUGGACUCAGGGGACGGGGUGUCCCACGCGGUGCCUGUGUUUGAGGGUUUCGCGAUUCCCAAUAGUAUACGACGGAUCGAUGUUGCGGGGCGAGAUGUCACGGAGCAAUUGCAGUUGCUGCUGCGGAAGAAUGGGCAUGUGCUGCAUACGAGUGCGGAGAAGGAGGUGGUGCGGAUGAUCAAGGAGAAGGUCUGCUACGUGUCGUUGGAUCCGAAGCGGGAAGAGAAGGACUGGAUGAACAGCUACCACAAGUCGGAGGCGAAAGCCGUCGACUACGUAUUGCCUGACGGGCACAAGAUCAAGAGCCCCGAGAUCCUAUUCGAGCCCGAACUCAUCGGCCUCGAAUACCCCGGCGUUCAUCAGAUCGUCCAAGACGCCAUCACCCGCACAGAUCUCGAUCUCCGGAAAUCCCUAUACCUCAACAUCGUCCUCUCAGGUGGCUCAACACUGUGCAAGAACUUCCCGGACCGGCUAAUGCGCGAGAUCAAGAGAUUGGCCGUGGAGGACAUGAAGAUCCGCAUCUCUGCUCCGGCAGAACGGAAAUACACCACCUGGAUCGGCGGUGGUAUCCUCGCCGGGCUCAGCACAUUCCGCAAGAUGUGGGUGAGCGCAGACGAAUGGCAUGAAGACCCGGAGAUCAUCCACAGGAAAUUUGCCUAAACAUGUCUCUCACACCAACAAAUGCGGUAGUCCUCGGCCUCUCCUUUCCUCCGGCUUCUGGCCAUAGACACCACCCCAGCCGCCACCAAGUCCGGCGGUCUCAAAUCGAGCCAAACCACUACCUGUGGCAGCUAGGCUUGGGCUUUUGAUACCCUUCUUCUUCCCUCUUCUUGAGCCAUUGAUGCAUCGUUCAUCCCAUCACGCACUAUACCUUUCUUUUUCUGUUGAUGUUGGGCACAAUGGAACAUACCACAUAAUAGCGCCUCAAUCUAUGCAUGAAAUCCAUGUCCCCGCUGCCCGAAUCGAUCAAACAGCAAGUAAUUUACUUCACGCUGCAGUGGGGUUGGUUGGGUUCAGGUAGUGUUUGCCCUGUACUGUAUCAGCGGGAGCCGUCGGAAGGCAGAUGUUGUACAUAAUAGACAUUGGAAUAUAGACGGAAUGAGCGC